UAUAGAUGAAAAUAAUGUGGUUAACAAUAAUCUUGAUAAAUGCUGCAGUAACAGUGAUAUUAAUAUAAGCAAUAAUGAUAAUAAUAUAGAAACUGAGAAUAAUAAUAGAGAUAAAGUAAAUAAUAAUAGUAUGGAUAUGGCAAAACUAAUACAUAAUACUAAUAACAACUUGAAACUAUUUCGUAAAACACCGUCUAAUGUAAAUGAUUCUCCUAAUAAUAGCGAUUGUAACAAUGAUAAUAGCGAUUGUAACAGUGAUAAUAUAGACAAGGAUCCUCAUUAUUGCUAUUCAGGUUCAGAAGAUUCUAACAAAGAAAAUAUUUUUGUACAAUCGUGUUCAACAGAAUCUAAUAACAUUACAAAAAGUAGUUUAGAAACAUCGUUAAAUGUUUCUGGACAGAAAAUCUGUGAUGACACUAAUUUACAUGUUAAAUGUUCAAAUCUUAGAGGUACAGGAAAACCAAAUUUUUGUUAUUAUUGCAAGAAAAUGCAGUCAAAGAUAAGUAGGCACCUAGAACGAGUACAUAAAGAUGAAGAAGAAGUAAAAAAAUUUGCUGCAUUACCAAAAGGUAAUAAAGAAAGACAGAAGAUUAUCGGAUUUCUCAGACGAAGAGGCAAUUAUUUAUUUAACACAAAUCCUACAUAUAAUAAAGGAGAACUUAUAGUUUGUAGAAGACCGACAGAAUCAAAAAAGAGAACUGCACGUGAUUUUAUAUGUUGUGCUGGAUGUAAAGGCUUUUUUACUAAAAAUAAUAUACGUCAUCAUUUUAAAGAGUGCACGCAGAAAACUAUUGGCAGAUGUGUCAACAUACUUGGAAGAAAAGUUCAAGGCCGAAUUCAUGAGUGUGCAAAUUCUAUUUUAAGAAAUGUUGUAUUUCCAGUAUUAAGAGAAGAUGAUGUUAUCAGAUUAAUUAGAUAUGAUGAACUAUUAAUUAUUUAUGGUAAUAAAUUAUGUUUGAAAUACAAGCAUCAGCACCAACAAGAUAUGAUAAGAUCCCGUUUAAGGCUAUUAGGGCGCUUUUUACAAGCCCUCAAAAACAUUAAUAAAAAUGUAACAGAUUUCUACAGUAUUUAUCAUCCGUCGAUAUAUGAUAAUUGUAUUACAGCUAAAUAAAGUAGCAGG